AGGUAAGUGACCUUUGUCCUGGGUGGGUAUAAAUAGCCGAGAAUGUUGGUGGAUAGGCACAGUUCAACUGGAACCCUCAUCAUGCAUUUCCUACGACUUCUGAUCCUUCUUGGUGUUUUAAUGGCAACUCAAGGCAGAGUUGUAGAGCAGGAUAAAACUCCUGAAGAAGUUAAGCCUGUAGAAGUCAAGCAGGAAAUUGCCAAAGAAAACCAGGGAAACCAGCAUGAGUUGGAUACCGUCAACACCCAAAGUCUUUCAAACAAUCCGAGCUCUGAAGCGGUAAAGCCUGAUGACAAAGUUAUUGAAGUGGCUAGGGAAUCCCAACCUCAAACGGACAGCUCCAUCAAUUCCCAGGUGGUUCCUUCCGAGGCAAAGAAGGCAGAAGAACCCAAAAACGAAGAAGCCAAAGUUGCACAAGCUGUUGAAGAAAACCAACCUCAACAAGCAGCUUCAUCUGCAGCUAAUAUACCCGAAGAAGUUCACCAAUCAGUGACCAAUGGAAAUCAGGAUACUAAGCCGCAGUCAGUUAACCUAACUAACACCUCAGAUAUUGCAGAGAAUCCUAGUUCCCAAGCUAUCAAAAAGGAUGUUGUUAACAUACAUGAAAUUAGCCCCAAUGUCCAAAAGUCCGAGGACGUUUUUUCUGGCGAUGGCCAGCCUGCAGAGGUUGAACCAUUAGUAAACAGUGAGAGCCAGGAAACCCAAGCCAAUUCAGGAAAGGAAUCAAAAAAGGUUACCCAAGAAGGAAAACCGAUAUCGAAUGAGAUAUUAAAGGUGCAGGAAGAAACAAAGCAAGAGGGGCCCAAAAUGCCCUGUGAUGCCCACCGCCGUGGCAACAAGAUCCAAGCUCGAAAACCAGAGCUGGACAAGAUCUUUGACUAUCAGGACGUGAUCAAUGGGUUCCAGUCCUCGCACGAGUUCCUAAAUCAGAAUCUCUUCGACAAGGUGCAAUUGGUACCCGAUGUGAGCCCCUUAGAUGACAUUCACAACCACACGCAGUUCUUUUCCAGUGACAUGAAACCCGGACUUCCCUUUCCCUUCCUGCCCAAUCCCUUCGAGAAGGUGGAGGAGCAACCCACCUACGUUACCGUGAAUGUCAACGAAACCAACACGGGCAAUGUGACCCAGCAGAUAAUCCAGGAGGAGAUCAAGCCGUUUCCCUUUCUGCCCAAUCCCUUUACGGACUUUCCCAAGAUAGUGGGCCUCAGUUUGGUGCUGCUCCCGAAUCCCUUCUAUGUGAACAAGACCCAGGUUGUGAGUCAACCAGCUGGAUCCCAGGAGAAGGUCGAGGUCGAGUAUUUCGGAAAGUUCCGUGGCCUCUCGGAGAAUUCCCAGAAGAAGCAGAAGACAUCGCAGAAGAACAACUUCUACCUGGUUCGCAAUCCUCUGGCCAACCAGGUGUCCAAGGAUGGUAAAAGGGGGGAAGCCAAUGUCCUUCUGCCGGUCAACUUGGCUGCUCUGCCUCUUCUGGUUCCCGGUUCGGAAGUCAGCCAGGAAAAAACAUCUUCGAAGGGCAAGGAAUUCCAGAAUGGAAUUAAGACCUCCAAUCUGCUCCAGCACCCCACCUUCCGCUUCUUGAAGGAUUUUUUUAAUGGCUUUUACCAAUGAAAAGCUGCAAAAAGAUCAUGACCGAAAGAACAAACUAUAACUGGGAAGAACUUAAACUAAAACAAACUCUGCACAAAUUCUGAAUACAAGCCUUUUAAGACAAAUAAAGUUAAUUGCAUACCAAAAA